ACCACCGUACUGAAGAUAGCCGUGGAUAACGAUAUUCUUGAAUUAUGUGACUCGUGUGAAUCUUUGGAAUGUGCGCUGCGCGGCGACUGUAGUGCCAAGAAAACAGUUAAAUUUUAAAAGCGCGGUUAUAAGAUCUAAAAGAUCUUCUUGUUUAGUUCUAAAAGAAGACAGGGAGAUUUUUUGGUCUAUUUGGCAUGGGGUCCACAUUAAAUUGAUUAUGUAUGCAUGAGCAUUGAAGAAAAUGAUAUGCAGGUAAGUCGGCAAUGAUUGGCUGGUCAAAAAAGAAAGUUUACGUAAAGCAAAAGUUGAUUGGCUCAAAAUGAUUUAGGGAAAAUUCCCAAAGAGGUCCUCUCAAAAUUGAGAAAGCACCUGUGCCGUUGGUUAGUCUUUCGUAACACAAGAUUUUAAGUUAUGUCGGAGAGUACCAUCGAAGAUGAUGUACAGCGCGUUAUGUCGGCGAGAGGCACAGGGCCGGGAACUCGGGGAAUACGUGUGCAAUGUUGUGUUCAAGAGUGUUCUAAGACAGUGCGCAAGUUACGUCUACAUAUCAGAAAGUUCCAUAAGGAGCGCUGUCCUCUGUCAUGUUCUCCUUGCCAGGAAAGGUUCGUGGGACAGAAUGAUUUGAAUAACCAUCAUGGGAACGGAUGUCAUAAAAGCUUGAGCUUAAUAGAAUCAUUUUUUAAAAAUGUGGACUUCAGUGAGUGCUCUGCUGUUGAUGACUUCAUUACUAAGGAACUCCGACUUGACAAGGCCAGCAGGAAGGCAGUUUCCAAGGCUGUAGACCUACUGUACAAACACCUCCAAGAAAAUCUGCCUUCACCUUUCAGCAUACAAAACCUCGUUAAGGGAGGCUCUUUUGGAAAGAAAACAGCUGUCAAGGACAAAGCAGACAUCGACUGUGUGCUUUUCCUCAACAAUGUGAAAACCAUGAAAGAGCAUAAACGUAAUUUGCCGGAAACAAAGGACUGCCUGGAGUCAUGCCUCAAACAGAGUCCCCAUAAACACCAAAUCAUCUUUGAUGGACGGACACCCUUCGCCGUGAAAUUCAAACUUCGCCCGGAUUUGUCUCCGAGUCGAGAAUUUGACAUUGACUUGCUGCCGACAUUUACAACAACUGAUCUUGAAAGUCGAGAACAACGGUACAGACUGUACGAAGAAAUGAUUGAGUGUGAAAAAGAAGACAAGGGUUAUUACUCAGCACAUUUGGUGAAAUUACAAAAGACGUUUGUCAAGGAUCAACCGCAGAUAGUGAAAGACUUAAUCCGCCUUGUAAAAUACUGGCGCAAAACCUGCGUUGAAGACAAAAGCACUGGCAAACCUAGACUGCCAUCUUCAUAUCCGCUGGAGCUCAUCACCAUAGAUUGUUGGGAGAACGCAGCUGGAAAAACAUCAUUUGACAUUCGGGCCGGCUUUAAAGCUGUUCUUGAACGGUUGGUUGAUAAUUGCCACAUACACGUCAUUUGGCAUAAAUACUACGAUGAGGCUCUCGCUGAGAGAGGAUUCAAGAUGAGUAAAAGCCCACCAUUUGUUCUGGACCCUGCCAACCCAACCAACAACGUAUGCAGUGCUAGUGAUGCCGAGGGAUGGAAAACCGUGGCAGAUGUGGCUGAUAUGACACUUCAGAGGCAGCCACUGAAGGACAUCAACUUCAAUAAAAACUGGCAAAUAAUAUAGGUCUCGUCUACUAACUACGGUUUUCACUGUUUUGUAUUUUUGUUUUUAAAUCACUAUCAAUAUGGUGUUUUUUCCACUGUUAAAUUAACGCGCUGUUGACCCCCGGGGGAGGGAUACUCCCUAUUAUGGGCUACAUAUGUAUGCGCGGCCCCAGUAUGGUUUUUCAAACGUUUUGGUCAUAAUUAUAAAUAGGGUAUGUUUUUAGCACUCUAGUCUUGAAUUGGUAUGUUUCUUGGAAGAAGCUACGUUUUCAUCAUCAUUAAUAAGACCAUCGACAAAAGCCCUUUAUAACCUAUGUUUAAGGCAACUGUGCCAGCGGCAACGGUCAUAAAUAGGGUAUCAAAUUUUUGGCCAGGUCAUAAAUAGGGUAGCAAAAAUCGCAAAUUUUGGUCAUAAAUAGGUUAAGGGUUUUGGGAGGUGGGCUGUACACCCCCACCCAACUUUUCUAUUGAAAAGCUAAUAUUUCCUCGGCAUAAACAUGCUUUUGCCAUGCAAAACUGAAUAUGGGAAUGGGAUAUUAAAAGCAAGCUAAUACUCGACCGUCAUGCGUGCAUAUCACACAUACAGCAGAAUUGCUUUAGGUGAUAAAUCACGGGUGAUGAAAAAACACCGACCCCUUGUCAAUGGACUACCCCUAUGGGCUACCUAAAUGGACUUCCUUAACCAGGACUAAACCUUGGAGUCUUGUUUUUUGCUAGCUACAGCCAUCACCGGCGAAAUUUAAUCAAUUAUUUUGAAAAUUCAAAGUUCUUUCUUCGAAAAAUGGCUCGAAGUCAUGCUGCUUCCCUCAAUAUCAAAGUUUGACCGCCGGUACAAGAUUUACGAUCAAUGUGAAUUGUUUUGAAGAUCACUUAACCACUUAAUCUUGACUUAAGCACAAUAAAAUAAAUGGUAUCAUUGAGA